AUGUAUUUCUAUGAAGGUAACCCCAUUUUGAUUGCUCAGUUUUCUUGCAUAGUCAUAGGCUUAUUGUCAGUUGUUGGAGUCAUCAUAGUAUAUUUAUUAGGACAAGGCUGGAAAUACUUCAUUGCUAACCUCUUCUUUACUUAAAUCGUUUGUAUGCUAUUUUUCUAUGUACCACAAGUACUAACACCAUUCAUCUAUUAUGAGUAAGCUAAACCGGAUCGCCUAGAUUGCUAACUCAAGACUGAUCAAGAUAAUAACACUUAAAGUUGCAUUAAUGAAACAUAUUGCGAAUUAUAAGGGUACCUCGUUAAUUCAUCCUUUUUGGCAUCAACCUUGAUUUCGUUGUAUUCAUGCUAUAUCAUCAAAUCAACAUUAAAUCCAAAUCUUAAGUUUGUAAUAAACACAAAGUAAAUUUAUUGGAUACAUUUUGCAAUUGGAUUCAUUACAUUUGCCAUCUGCUUGCCUAUGCUCAUAGGGGCAAACUUUUAGCAUUAUGGCACUUCAUGGAAAAAGCAACUUAUCUAUUAUGUCUGCAAUCUGGAAGUUAGAUCUGAUGAUACAUUUACUAGAAGCUUGUUCUGGAUGUAAUCCUCAAUCACAACCAUACUGCUUAUUGUUAGUUUGGUAUUUCACUUUUCAGUGAGAAGUUUAAAAUCGAAAAUAAGAACCAAUCUUACCGAUGAGUUUGAUUAAUGCUCCUCAUUAAAUCUCUAUAUUUUACCUAUUACUUUAAUAAUAUUAUGGACAAUUAACAUGGUGGAGAAACUUAUAGAUUACUAAACGGAUUGGAUAAGGAAUUGUGGAUACUUCCUAUAGGUCUUGUGGUUCAUUCCAUAACUGUUACUAGCACUACAAGGAUUUAAUUACGCAUCACUGUUUUUUUAUGCGUUCCAUCAAUAAUUAGUGCCGAACCUUCCAAGAUCAUUAAAAAGCACCUAUAUGUUCUUUGCAAAGUUGAGCAUCUAUAAUUUGAUAUUUGGAAAAAUCAAAGAAUCUAAAAUACUAAAAGAUUCUCUACUAAAUGAUACUGAUUCAGCAAGGGACAGUACUUCAUCGUAUAUAUAAAAAGACGAUUCUUCAACAAAUCGAUGA